GUGCCCUUUUGUGUGGACGGACGAGGGUUUUUUGACGAUUUGUCGGUGUGCGCGUGUGCGUGCGUGUGGUGUGUGUAAGUGCGCUGUUGCGAACUUGCGGUGCGUUCAGUCUGGGGGCUGGGUUAAAGUUGUGGAUGCUAUAUCUUUCCUCUUCUUUUUUGAACAUUUGGUUCGUGAUGCAUGGGUUUGAUGCAAUGGUUUGGUGGGUUUGCCAAGUGGAUAUUAGUGUAGACUGGGAAUCGGGAGACGGGGGGAAGUUGAGAAUGAACCGGGGAUGUUGGGACUUGGGUAAGGGGUUUUUCUCAUCCUUGGGAAGAGAAACGUGGGUUGUGGGUUUUGAUGACGAUGGCCUUGUCUUUUUGGGUAUUUGGGCUCUUGGAGUCUUGGGUCUUGGGAUCCCGAGACCGGGGUGUAUUGAUGAUGGACACCGUGGACCACGGGCCCUCUUGUUCAUGGGUUGUGGUAAGAAAGUGUCUCUGUCGCAAAGUUGUGGGAUAUGUGUUUGGUUCACCGGCGACGAUGGACUCGUUUGCGAUGCCCGGGACGGCGGGAACGACCAGGGGGUGGUGCACGACGUGGCUCCAAGGGUCUCUUCUGUCCCUGUCUCUUUUACCGCUGGCUUGGCCGUGCCCCUGGUCUGAUGAUGUAUGUAGUACGGAUAGACAGGGGGGAGGGUUUGAAAGUUUUCGAGUCAAAACAGAGGAAAUCUUUUGCUAGGCUGGCA